AAGUUAUUCGAGGUGUCGUGUCAGUCAGUGGCAUUCGAGCUAUCAAAAGUAUUGAACGUGUAUAUGUAUAUACUGGACACAGUAUAAUUACACGAUAAAUAAUUUAAAAAUUUAUAAAAAUUAAUAUAUUAUCAUGGGAUUAUUGAAUGCAGAGGAUGAAGUUUGUGACGAUAAUGUCUGUACAGAAUUGGUAUUCUAUGUUAACGGAAAGAAGGUAAUAGAACCACAUCCAGAUCCAGACUGGACGCUUCUAUGGUAUUUAAGGAAAAAGCUUCGUUUGACUGGCACCAAGUUAGGCUGCGCAGAAGGAGGCUGUGGAGCUUGCACUGUCAUGGUAUCCAAGUACAACCGAAAAGAAAAAAAAGUCAUUCAUCUGGCAGUAAAUGCCUGUUUGGCGCCAGUUUGUUCAAUGCACGGUUUGGCAGUAACGACGGUUGAAGGCAUUGGGUCAACGAAAACAAAACUACAUCCUGUACAAGAACGGAUUGCAAAAGCGCACGGUUCACAAUGUGGUUUUUGCACGCCAGGAAUUGUUAUGUCCAUGUACAGUCUACUUAGAAGUUGUAAACAUAUUAAAUACUCUGACAUAGAAGUUGCGUUUCAAGGCAAUCUAUGUAGAUGUACAGGUUACCGAGCCAUUAUAGAAGGAUAUAAAACGUUUAUCGAAGAUUGGGAAUCACAGCGAAUCACUAACGGUAUAUCAAAUUGUAAUGGUGCAGAGAAUGGUAAUCAACCUCCAAUGUGUGCUAUGGGUAAAGACUGUUGUAAAAAUAAAACAAGUAGGAACAAUGAAGAAAGUGAAACGCAACAUAUUUUUGAUAGAUCAUCAUUUUUGCCUUAUGAUUCUAGUCAAGAACCUAUAUUUCCGCCUGAAUUAAAAUUAUCGGAUAUUUACGACAAUCAAUAUCUUAUAUUCAAAGGACAACAGAGUACAUGGUACCGUCCAACUAAAUUAAGUACAAUAUUGGAGCUAAAAGAGAGACACAAGGAUGCCAAAAUAGUUGUAGGGAAUACAGAAGUAGGGGUUGAGGUUAAAUUUAAACAUUGUGUUUAUCCUACAAUAAUCAUGCCCAACUGUAUUCCUGAAAUGAAUGAAGUUGUGGAAAAUGAAACAGGUUUAACAGUUGGCGCUUCAGUGACACUUAUGGAAAUGGAUAAUGUUUUUAAUAAGUAUAUUAAACAAUUGCCACAAUAUCAGACAAGAACACUCGUUACAAUAAGAGAUAUGUUAAAUUGGUUUGCAGGCAAACAAAUACGUAAUGUGGCGUCUAUAGGCGGCAAUAUUAUGACUGGUAGUCCUAUUUCGGACUUGAACCCGAUUUUAAUGUCGUUAAAAGUUAAGCUUAAUCUUUUGAGUAAGCAAGGAGAAUUUCGUUCCGUUCUAAUGGAUGAAACAUUUUUUACUGGGUAUCGUAAAAAUGUAGUAAAGCCAGAUGAAAUUUUACUGUCUAUUGAGAUUCCUUAUUCAAAAAGAUAUCAAUAUGUAAAAGCCUACAAACAAGCUAAAAGACGUGAAGAUGACAUUUCUAUUGUUACUGCUGCAAUUAAUAUAACAUUUGAAGAUUACACGAAUAUCAUAAAAAAUAUUAACAUUGCUUUUGGUGGUAUGGCACCAGUGACAAAAAUUGCGUCCAAGACUAGUCAGUCAUUAAUUGGAGAGAAAUGGUCCGAAGAAAUGCUUGAAAAAGCAUAUGCACAUAUGUUAGAAGAGUUACCAUUAAGUCCUUCUGCACCGGGAGGGAAUGUUCUAUUUAGGCGAACAUUAACAAUGAGUUUAUUUUUAAAAGCCUAUUUAGCAAUAGCUCAGCAAAUGUCAAAGGACUAUUUACAUAAAGAGCUCAUUAAACCUUUUCACAGUAGUGGAGCAGAACAGUUUCAUGGAAGUAUACCAAAAAGCUCUCAGUAUUUCGAUUUAGUAGAAGAAAAACAGAUUAAGAGUGAUGCAGUAGGACGACCAAUACAGCAUAUGUCGGCAUUAAAACAAGCGACUGGCGAAGCUAUUUAUUGUGAUGAUAUGCCUGUUGCUGAAAACGAAUUGUAUUUAGCAUUUGUUCUCAGUACAAAAGCACACGCAAAGUUGAUAUCUAUAGAUCCAUCAAAAGCGUUAAAGGAAACUGGAGUUGUUGCUUUCUUUUCCGCCAAGGAUAUAACGACUCAUCAAAAUACGAUUGGACCAAUAUAUCACGACGAAGAACUUUUUGCUAGAGAAAAAGUAGUUAGUCAAGGACAAACUAUAGGUGUUAUAGUAGCUCAAGAUCAGGCAACAGCUCAGUCUGCUGCUAGAAAAGUAAAAGUUGAAUAUGAAGAAAUUCAACCUAUCAUUGUUAGCAUUGAAGACGCCAUAAAACAUAACUCAUUUUAUCCGCAAUAUCCUAAAACAAUGAGAAAAGGGGAUGUUACAGCCGCUUUUACAGAUAUAAAUAACAUAAUUAUUGAAGGACAGUGUCGCAUGGGUGGUCAAGAACAUUUUUAUUUCGAGACAAAUGUUGCAUUUGCAAAUCCGAAAAAAGAGGACGACGAGAUAGAGAUCUUUUGUUCUAGUCAACAUCCUUCAGAAAUAGCAAAACUAGCUGCCCAUGUGCUAAAUGUACCUAUAAAUAGGAUUGUUGCUCGGGUAAAGCGGUUAGGUGGUGGAUUUGGAGGCAAAGAGUCUAGAGGCCUAUUAGUAGCCUUACCUGUUGCUCUUGCUGCACAUAGACUUAAUAGACCAGUGCGAUGUAUGCUUGAUCGUGAUGAAGAUAUGCAGAUGACAGGUACACGUCAUCCGUUUUUGAUCAAAUAUAAAGUAGCUGCGACCAAAGAAGGAAAGCUAAUGGGUGCCAAAGUCGAUAUUUACAACAACGCUGGGUAUUCUAUUGACUUAUCUGGAGCUGUUGUAGAAAGAGCUAUGUUUCAUUUUUCAAACGCUUACUAUAUACCAAAUGUGGAGGUAGUUGGUCACGUUUGUAGAACCAAUUUGCCAUCGAAUACAGCAUUCAGAGGAUUUGGUGGACCGCAAGGAAUGUUUGGUGCAGAAAAUAUGAUACGAGAUGUAGCUUGUAAACUUGGUAAAAAUGUUGAGGAACUUAGUAGACUUAAUUUAUAUCAAGAAAAUUUAUCUACUCAUUUUGGCCAAACUCUAACACAUUGCACUUUGCAAAAAUGUUGGGAUGAAUGCGUUCAAAAAAGUGAUUUAGCGGCACGAAAAAUAAGUAUUGAAAAGUUUAAUAAAGAGCAUCGAUGGAGAAAACGUGGUAUAUCCAUUGUUCCUACGAUGUUCGGAAUAGCUUUUACAGAGAAAUUAUUAAAUCAAGCAGGGGCUCUAGUAUUAAUUUAUAUAGAUGGUUCAGUUCUUAUAUCUCAUGGAGGAACUGAAAUGGGUCAAGGUCUUCAUACGAAAAUGAUACAAGUAGCUUCACGAACUCUAGGUAUCGAUAUAUCUAAAAUUCAUAUUAGUGAGACUGCAACCGACAAAGUUCCCAAUACCUCUGCUACAGCGGCUAGCUCCGGCUCCGACUUAAAUGGUAUGGCCGUUUUACAAGCUUGUGAGACUUUGGUGAAAAGGCUUCAACCUUAUAAAGAGAAGAAUCCUAAAGGAAAAUGGGAACAGUGGGUUUCGGCAGCAUACGUUGACCGAGUGAGUCUUUCCGCUACUGGCUUUUACGCAACUCCUGACAUUGGAUAUGAUUGGAAAACGAAUACAGGAAGGGCAUUCAAUUAUUACACAUUUGGGGUUGGGUGCAGUGAGGUUGAAAUUGAUUGUCUCAGUGGUGAUCAUAAAGUUAUAAGAACUGAUAUUGUUAUGGAUUUGGGAGCAAGUUUAAAUCCAGCAAUAGAUAUUGGACAGGUCGAAGGUGCUUUCAUCCAAGGCUACGGCUUAUUUACACUGGAAGAGUUGAUUUAUUCUCCAAUUGGUACGCUGUAUUCUCGAGGGCCUGGUGCUUAUAAAAUACCUGGUUUUGGGGAUAUUCCGCAAGAAUUUAAUGUAUCUCUAUUAAAAGGUGCUCCAAAUCCACGAGCUGUUUAUUCAUCGAAGGCUGUGGGCGAACCACCGCUGUUCCUAGCAUCUACAAUUUAUUUUGCAAUAAAAGAAGCGAUACGUGCAGCACGCGCUGACGCUGGCAUGCCUUUGGACUUCUACUUGGAGUCACCAGCUACCUCUGCAAGGAUACGCAUGGCCUGCGAGGAUCAUAUCACUAAGAAACUCGAUAUCCCUGAUCCAGAUAGCUUCGUACCUUGGAACGUUGUACCUUAGUAAAUUAUUGGUGUAGGUGAAAUUGGUGCGUAUUUACAUACAUUUAUAUGUUUUAGCACUCAGGUGCUUUAAGUUUAAUAGACAGCUAAUAAAAUAUAGAAUAAUAUUCAAUGCAAAUAUAUACAAAUAUUAUGUGAUGUACAAUUUUAGUACAUAUGCAAGAAACAUAAUAAAUUAUUUUCAUAUAUGUAAAA